AUGGCUGUCCAGUCGACGUUGCAACCUCGAGAAGACCCGUUGCUCCUCCUGUACACCCACUACUCAAACCUGCUACGCGCUCGGUUCCGGAAGUCCUCCAAAACUACAAAGUUAGUCGCAACUACUUUUCUUCUGUUGUCGAUAAUAGGAAGUGGAUAUGGAGGUUAUAGGUGGUGGCAGGAAUGGUCGAAGGAACGGGCCCAGGGGAACCGUCUGCUGAGAAAGAAUUCUGGCAUUCGCGGCAAGGAUGGUUCGCGAAUAAUAUAUGUCCCGUACAGAUCGUCCGUCUCCUCUUCCGAUACCUCAAAAGUCACUAUUCGCCCGACGAAACCUACUACAUUUGAUGCCCACCGGCGGCUUUUCUUGAAUCCUCCCAGAGCGGCUGGCCUCGGUGAUGUAUCGUCCAUGGUGUCACAAAUCCCGCCACUCUCCACCAAGCCAGGCUUGAAUCUAGCCUUCUUGCACCAGUUUCUUAGCCUCCUAAGUAUCAUGAUUCCGAGAUGGAGCAGCAAAGAAACCGGGUUUUUGAUCGGCCAUGGCGUUUUCCUUUUGCUCCGGACGUACCUAUCUCUUGUUGUAGCGAGACUUGACGGAGAGAUUGUGCGGGAUCUAGUUGCUGGCAGAGGAAGAGCUUUCAUCUGGGGCCUCAUCAAAUGGUGUGGCAUUGGAGCUUUCGCUUCUUAUACGAAUGCCAUGAUCAAAUUCCUCCAAUCCAAAGUAUCGAUUGCCUUUCGAACCAGGCUCACUAGGUAUAUACAUGACCUGUACCUUAACGAUAACAUAAAUUACUACAAACUUUCCAAUCUUGAUGGAGGAGUUGGUGAAUCGGCGGAUCAAUUUAUCACCCAGGAUCUCACACGGUUCUGUGCGGCCUCUGCGAAGUUAUAUUCUUCCAUUGGGAAACCUCUGGUGGAUCUCUUCGUUUUCAACUAUCAACUUUAUCGUUCACUUGGACCUCUCGCACUGGCGGGUAUUCUGAGCGGCUAUUUCGGCACAGCAACUAUACUCCGCCGUGUUUCCCCACCAUUUGGAAAGUUAACAGCGGUCGAGGGUAAAAAAGAGGGAGAUUUCAGAACCCUCCACUCUCGACUCCUAGCAAAUGCUGAGGAGGUGGCAUUCUAUGGCGGGGCUGAGAUGGAACGUGUGUUUCUCACCAAGAGUUUCAAGGAUCUGCAGCGAUGGAUGGAAGGAAUAUAUAGCCUGAAAAUCCGCUAUAAUAUGCUUGAAGAUAUGAUCCUUAAGUACUCUUGGUCUGCUUUUGGAUAUCUCAUCACAUCGCUUCCUAUAUUUCUACCUGCCUGGGGCGGUCUUGGGGGUGUUUCUGAGAUGGCUUUCUCUUCGGAAACUUCUGGGAGGGAGAGGGACCGAAUGAAAGAUUUCAUCACAAACAAGCGUCUUAUGCUCUCCCUAGCAGAUGCAGGUGGUCGCAUGAUGUACAGCAUUAAGGAUCUUUCGGAAUUGGCUGGGUACACUUCCCGGGUAUACACUCUGAUUUCAACUCUCCACCGCGUGCACGCUAAUGCAUAUGCCCCUCGCCGUGGUUCUCACCCCGAACUUUACUCCCUUUCUGAUGUGCAGGGCACGAUCCAUAGUGGCUUCGAUGGCGUACGUCUAGAACAUGUUCCUGUGGUGGCACCCUUUCUCUUUCCCCAAGGUGGUGACGAGCUUAUCGAAUCAUUAUCCUUUAUUGUUCAUUCCGGUGAGCACCUUUUGAUUUCCGGUCCCAAUGGCGUUGGUAAAUCUGCUAUUGCUCGCAUAGUCGCUGGGCUCUGGCCAGUUUACCGUGGCCUAGUAAGCCGACCUAGAAACUUUGGUGCGAAUGGUAUAAUGUUCCUUCCCCAGCGCCCGUAUUUAAGCAUAGGCACCCUUCGUGAUCAAGUCAUCUACCCCCACAGCGAAAUGGACAUGCGAGAGGAUGGAAAGAGCGAGGCAGAUCUACUUCAAGUCCUCAACGACGUCCAUCUCGGCUACUUGCCUGACCGUGAAGGUGGUUGGGACUGUCGCAAGGAGUGGAAAGAUGUUCUGAGCGGCGGCGAGAAACAGCGCAUGGGCAUGGCCAGGCUUCUCUAUCACGAACCUAGAUAUGCGUUUGUCGACGAAGCCACCUCUGCCGUUUCUUCUGACGUCGAAGGCUUACUCUACGAACAAGCUAAGCGACGCAACAUCACCCUAAUCACAAUCUCCACGCGCCUUUCGCUUAAGAAAUACCACACAUUCAAUCUCACGCUUGGCCUGGGAGAGGAUGGUACCGAAUGGGAGAUCGACCGGAUCGGAACGGAGAAGGAGAAAAUGGGCGUUGAGAAGGAGAUACAGGAGCUAAGGAAACGACUGGAUAAGGUUGAGGCGUGGAAGGUUCGGAAGCAGGAAAUAAACGACGAGCUGUGUAAACCACAGGAUAGCUCAUUGCAUACCCGCGACUCCCACAGGAUCGGACAAAGCGGAAUACUUACUGAGGAGGAUUAUAUCACGAUGCUAUCGAAUAUUCAAUCCAUCAUCCCUCCGGGGAUUUUUUGGAUACCCAUUGUUCUUCUCACUUCUCCAUUCCUCCUGACAUGGUUGUUUACUAACCUGAAGGCACGGCGGGGAUUCCGAAACGGGGGCGAGCCUCCACUGAUUCCAUACACGAUCCCAUGGCUUGGCCACGGCCUUUUCUUCCGUCGGGGCACAACUUAUUUCUCGUCUUGGGUUAGGAAAAAAUAUCCCGAUGUGCCGGUUUUGAGAACGUUAAUCGCAGGGGACUAUUUGUAUCCUAUUUUCGACCUAAAACUGGCAAGCCAGAUAGAGCGCCGCCCAAAGGUGUUCACGUUCGAUCCCAUCGUGAUACUCGUGAAUAAGGCUAUUGGAGCUCCCAAAGCAGACCUUGAUAUUCUUGCGAAUGGACCUCCAAGGUCUACUGACGGUCAGAAUGGUAAUGGCGCAGGCCGUGGUAUAAUUCCAGAGCUCCAUCGACAGCAUUUCCCCGGUCUUAAUGGCCCAGCUUUACCGCAUAUGAUAUCUAAAUUCAGUGAGAUCUUGACCGCAAACUUAGAAAAGGAGUUUCCAAGGAAAAGUGGUGUCGACACCGGGUCUUGGGUAACGCUUGAUCUCAAAGAAUUUUACAUGCGGCACCUCACCCUUGCUUCGAUACCGAUGUUAAUGGGGACGCGUCUGAUGGAGAUUUGGCCCCGAGCCUAUGAAGACAUGUGGGAGUUUGACACCCACGUAUUGACGCUUACGUUAAACAUGCCUAGGCUAUUAAUCCCGAAAGCAUCCGCUAGUCGAGACCGGAUGGUCUCUAUCAUGGAACGAUGGGAAAGUGAAGCAUACAAACAUCGAGAUUUCUUUGCAGUGGAAUCGGAAAAUCCGGCCUGGGACCCCUAUUGGGGGGCUAGACUGGUGAGACAAAGGCACCGCACGUUUCUGAACAAUGGUGUCAGCAAACGGGGUCGAGCCGUUUUUCACUUGGGAGUUUUGUGGGCAACAAUUAACAACGCAGUCGCAGCCGCGGUGUGGAUGUUGAUGCACUGCUUGCUAGACCCACACCUCGAACGGCGAGUCCGCUCCGUAAUCGCUUCGGCUCAAAAUCAAGACGGCACGCUGGAUAUUGAUAGUUUAGCUUUGGACAAGCUCAUCAAAUCCCUAUUUCUUGAGACUCUGCGCUCAUAUGUCUCAGCACCCUCACUACGGUUAAUUCUAGGAACAAUUGAACUUGAGGGUUACACCUUUCGCAAGGGAGGAACAAUAAUCGUUCCGGGACGAGAACUGCAAAUGCAGGAAAACAUAUGGUCCGCUGGCGGGUCCUUGCCGGGGCCUUUGGAGUUCUGGCCGGAGAGGUUUAUCGACAGUGAAUGCAAUGACGAUAGAGACAUGGCAGCUGAAGCUAUUGGGCAUACUAAUUCUCAAGAUGAAGUUAAACGCGAUCUUGUCGUCAAAAACGAGGUGAAGCUAUCGGCAGAUGCGAUGACGAUCCCUGGUAAGAUACGGUCGAGGGAAAUGCGAGAACGUAUGAACUGGAUGCGUCCUUUUGGAGCAGGCACCACGCUUUGCCCCGGAAGAAACUUGUCAAUGUAUGAAAUGAUUAUUGGUAUGGCGACUAUGCUGUCGACAUUUGAGAUGGAGGUUAAUAAAGAAGCCCUACAUUCGAAUGGAAUGCCACAACCAAACUUUGACGUAUCAGGGGCAUUGCCCCCUGACAGGCCGUUUAUUAUUAGAAUGAGGAGGAGAACUUCUGUGCACUAG